UGCAGAGAGAGAGAAACACAUAAACCACUCUAUUAUUCCACUCCUUUUUACCCCAAUCCCCUCUUCCUCCUAUUUCUUUUUCUCUACAAAAAGGUCUCAUACAACUCAUCAUCACUAGAAACGUUACUACAAUGGAAAUCCAACAACUUGUUCUCAAGUUCAAAUUUCACAUCUUAUUCGCAUCCAUUUUUUCUAUUUUCAUCAUUAUUCUCAUUUAUCUUGCACCUCGUUUUAUCGAUGUUAUCAAGUACUUUUGGCCUCUCUUACUCUCCACUGCUCUUUUCCUCGUCGCCGUCGUCCUCUUUGGCCGGAUUUCUCCGCCGGUAGCUGAGGCUGAGAAACCGGGUGAAGAUAUAUUGGAUUUCGUGGCGGGUCAACCCGAUGAAUUACAACCUCAUCUACAUGAAUUACAUGAACAUGGAGAAGAAGAAGAAGGUGAAAGCAGUACUAGUAAAGUAGAGUGAAGGGAAUUUAAUUACUGGUUAUUUCUGCAAUUUUUAUUAUUUUAGACACUUUUUUGGAUCUGUUUUUCUUCUUCUUUAUCCUCGAUCUCCAUAACUCCAUUUUCUAAUCAGUUUGUAGGUAAUGAAAUUGACAGGUGGUGAAUUGUGUAUAUUCUUCAGUAUAUUGUUACAACUUGCAUUA